ACUUUUUAGAGCAGGGAGAAGCUAAAGUUCACUUUUUUAUUUUGCUACAGGGUGCCAAGCAACAAGGGGAGCACAUUCUUCAGCGGAUCCAUUUACUGCGGCAAAAAUGGGUGACUGGAGUUUCUUGGGGAACAUUUUAGAAGAGGUAAAUGAGCACUCCACUGUCAUUGGCAGAGUCUGGCUUACAGUACUCUUCAUUUUCCGAAUCUUAAUCCUAGGGACUGCUGCAGAGUUUGUAUGGGGAGAUGAACAGUCAGACUUUGUGUGCAACACCCAGCAACCUGGUUGUGAGAAUGUCUGCUAUGAUGAAGCCUUCCCCAUCUCCCACAUUCGCCUGUGGGUUCUACAGAUCAUCUUUGUCUCCACUCCCUCAUUGGUUUAUUUGGGCCAUGCUGCACACCAUGUUAGGAUGGAAGAAAAAAGGAAAGAGCGGGAAGAAGCAGAAAGGGCCAGACAAGCUGAGGCAGAUGAAGAAAACUCUGCCCUUGAUCCAGACCAGAAGAGCCCUAUAGUCACCAAAGAAAUAAGCCCCAAGGGGAUCAAGAAAUUUCGUCUUGAGGGAACACUGCUGAGAACCUAUAUCUGCCACAUCUUUUUCAAAACACUCUUUGAGGUGGGCUUCAUAGUGGGUCAAUACUUUCUGUAUGGCUUCCGAAUUCUACCUCUUUACCGCUGUGGCAGGUGGCCCUGUCCCAACCUCGUAGACUGUUUUGUGUCCAGGCCUACUGAGAAAACUGUCUUUAUUAUGUUUAUGUUGGCUGUGGCUUCAGUGUCCCUCUUUCUCAAUCUUGUGGAGAUAAGUCACUUGGGCCUUAAGAAGAUUCUGAUGGCUUUCAGAAGGUCAGUAGAACAACAGCCUGUGGAGACCCCAGAGAAACCCCUUCACUCUAUUGCAGUUUCAUCCAUCCAAAAAGUCAAAGGUUACAAGCUGUUGGAGGAAGAGAAGCCAGUAUUUCACUACUUUCCUUUGACAGACGUGGGAGUAGAAACAACAUCUAUAUCCCCCUCAUUCAAUAACUUUGAAGAAAAGAUUGGCAUGGAGCGCCUGAAAGACCUUUCCAGGGUCUUUGAUGAGCAGUUGCCAUCCUAUGCCCAUAUGGAUGAACAGGAUGAAGAAAAAGCAGAAGUGGGAGAAGAGCCAGGACAGGAGGCACAUGAAGUGGCUGAGGAGGCGCAAGAGUCAGGAGCUCAAAAAGUGAUAGACAAAGCAGAGGAAAAAGAAGAAGCAAAGCCAAAGGAAGAACAAGCGUUAGAACCUCCAGGAGAGGACUUACCCUUGCCACCAGCUGAUAUCACUGUUGACACAAGACCCCUUAGCAGGUUGAGCAAAACCAGUAGUCGGGCCAGAUCAGAUGAUCUGACUGUAUGAAAUUAUUGAGUCUCAGGUGGUUCUGAACAGCCACAAAUAUAUAUAUAUCUCAGAUGUCUUAAAGUGCUAAACCAGUCAUUUUAUGAUUGUUCUUUAUCAAUGUUUUUUGGCUAGGAAGGUGCUAUAAAAGCUAGCUGCUUUGUCGGUCCUGUUUGGUCUACAAGUGGAGCUAGCUGUCAUGUUACCUAUUCAAUGAAUCAAUUCCU